UACAAAAUGAAAAUAAAAGUGUUGACUCGGACAAAGAAGCUUCUAGCGUCGUCUUACGAUACUCUGUCUAUCAGGGAAAAUGCUUUGGUGUGUGACUCUUAUUCUUGUCAGCUUUAUUGAAUCUCGAUCAGAGAGUUUACAGGUUAUUGGUCCAGAAAAGCCUCUUGUUGCUGUAGCUGGUGAAGAUCUGGUUCUGCCCUGUUUUAUCAAACCCAACACCAGUGCUGUGGACAUGACAGUAGAGUGGUUCAAACUCGAUGUAAAAGACUCAUUAGUGCAUCUCUAUAGGGAUCAUGAAGACAAAAAUGAAGGUCAGGCUCAGUCCUAUAGAGGAAGAACAUCACUGUAUAAAGAGGAGCUACAGAAAGGCAACACUUCACUCAAACUCUCAGCUCUCAGAGUCUCUGAUGAAGGAGAAUAUAAGUGUCUUGUUGAGGACAAAUCCUGGUACGAUGACAUCACUGUGAAGGUCAUUGUAGAGGCUCAGGGAAGCCACCCAGUGAUAAUGAUGGAGAGUUAUGAUAACUCAGGAGGGAUUAAUCUAGUGUGUGAGUCCAGAGGCUGGAAACCUGAACCUGAUGUUCUGUGGCUGGACAGAGAAGGAGUCACUCUGACUGCUGAAGAUACACAGAUACACAGAGACACUGAGGGCUUCAAUGUGAAACGCCGCAUCUCUGUUUAUGAUUAUAGCGACUCUAACAGGUUUUACUGCAGACUUCAGCAACAACAUCACAUGAUGGAGACAGAGAUUAUCAUCAAUAGUAAAGUCUUUGGUGCUUGGAAGUGGAUUGUUGGGAUUUCAGUUUCAGCAUGUCUUAUUGCUGUUGGAUUGAUCGUAACUGCAGUUUUUUAUCACAAGAAAGAGAUGCAGAAGCAGUCCAAAGAGAGGCAGAUACAGAUGCUGAAAGAUGAGAUGAAGAAGGAGAAGGAGUACAAAGAGAGGCAGAUACAGAGGCUGGAAGAUGAGAUGAAGAAGGAGAAGGAGAACACAGAACUGCAGAGACUGAGUGUGGAAUACGAGUUAUUAAAGAAGAAGAAGUAUGCAGUGGAUGUGACUCUGGAUCCUGAUACAGCAAGUCCAUUUCUCAACCUGUCUGCUGAUGGAAAAGAAGUGACAUGUGGAGACAGACGACAGGAUCCCCCUGAUACACCACAGAGGUUUAAUUAUUAUCUCUGUGUUCUGGGAAAGCAGAGUUUCUCUACAGGGAGAUUUUAUUAUGAGGUGCAGGUCAGAGGGAAAACUGAGUGGACAUUAGGAGUCGUGAGAGAGAACAUUAACAGGAAGGGGAGGAUUACACUGAAACCUCAGAAUGGAUUCUGGACUGUGGGGCUGAGGAAUAAGAAUCACUAUAAGGCUCGUGCUGAUCCCCGUGUCCCCCUCACACUGAGAGAGAAGGUGGAGGUUGUGGGGGUGUUUGUGGAUUAUGAGGAGGGUCUGGUCUCCUUUUAUGAUGUAAAGUCCAGAUCUCAUAUCUACUCUUUCACUGGUCAGUCUUUCACUGAGAAACUCUAUCCAUACUUCAGUCCUUGUGAUAAUGAUGGAGGUAAAAAUUCAGCACCACUGAUCAUCUCUCCUGUAUUUAAGACUGAAUGAAUUUUCACCUCACAAAUAUAAUCAUCUGUUAAAUGUUGAGAAUAAAAAGAAACAUUAUACUUCUUUAGUUAAAUUUUAGAAACACAUUUUCCCUUUUAAAAUGUUGUACAGAUUAUUUUAAUACCUGGUUUUAAUUGUAAUCCUAAAGUCUGUUUUUAUGAUCAUUUGACAUUAUGGUUGUGGAACUUUGUCAUUACAAAUCACAUAUAAAUAAAGAUCAUUUACAGUUUACUCUGA